UCAACCUGAAGAAAAUGAUGAUAUGACUGAAGAGGAAAACGAAGAGAGACCUAAAAGCAACAUUUCUGUGAAAUCUGGGAUUUCAGUGAAGUCAGAUAUUUCAACAAAAUCUAAAUCAUCGGAUUUUAAAGUUGAAAAAGGCGGUGAUGCAUGUGAGGAAGUAAAUGAUGAAGAGCAAUGCACUGAUGAGGGAGCAGUUGAGUACGAACCUCAAGAAAGAGCACAGAGCGCCGUUUCAACCAAAACUGCCAAGUCAUCGAUAUCCACAAAAUCUGCAAAGUCUGGACUGGAUUGUCGUGUUGAACACCCAACAUUUGAUCAUGAGGAACCUGAAGACAGAGCUCCCAGCAAUUUGUCUUUAAAGUCAAAUAAAUCACAAAAGUCCAAUAUUUCAGUGGUAUCAAAGAAAUCAAAGGUUUCCGUCAGUGAGUUUGACCCCAGUGAUGAAAUAGCAAGCAGAGAAGAGCAAAUUGAAAGCAGGUCAGUGAGUUCAAUGUCUGUCUCGUCGAUCAAGUCUGAGAGGUCAAAUCGGUCAAAAUGCUCAGCCGAUGUCCACGUUGAAGAAAGACCUCAGUCCCAUGCUUCUACAAUAUCUAUCAAAUCAGAUGCUUCCAAAUGUGCUUCUGAUGGGAGAAAUGAACAAGCAGAAAGUCAGGACAGAAUGGAGAGUCCAGUGUCGGACGAGAGAUACAAAGAGCUGAUGAACAUCCUGCAGUCUCUCUGGCUCUGUGAGCCUCCAAAACAUGAAUACACGUUAAAGGACGACCAUCAUUCUGUGGACGAUGACUUCAACCACACCUCGUCUUCAGGAGUGGAUGUCAACAGUGGAUCGACAGGCUCGGGAAAGAGCAGCGAUGGCGUGAAGAAAACCAGUAGAUUCAGAUGA